CUGCAGUUCAAGAUGUGAGACGGAACAGCAUGCGAGGAGACAGCAGCCAGAAGUCUCUUGAACGCAGCACCAAAGGUCUCGGGUGAGGGGCAGUCAGCGGCUGGAAGAGCCAAUUUCUAUAAGACGAGGAGCCCUCGAGGCGUUCCGUUGACGAUGAUCCCCGGCUGGAGCACCAUCGCACUCAAACGAUAACCGAGCAUCAUUUUCUACAGUAUUUGGCAGUCAGCCUUCACAAUUCAUCAUGCGUUUCAAGCCUCAUUCCAUCAUUUCAUCCCUUUUGCUGGUCACUCAAGCCCAGGCCUUCCGCGUCACUUUCUACCUACCUAGGUUCCCAGUGCCGGGGCGCCAGGUGGGGCACGGGUUCUUACAGUUACCCUGGGUACCCCGGUGCCUGCCACAACGUGCCCGUCAAUGCCGUCUCAGCAACGAUCGAGCCGGGAGAAUUGGAUGGAGAGUCGCACAGUAUACAACGAGUGGACGUGGCUGACGUUUGGGUCCCAUACCGUUUCAGACGUUGCUUUCUGGCGAACAUGCGGCCAGAACCUCGUCGCCAGCGGCGAUAAUAACUGCGUCACCUUCUAUGGAGCGACAAGGUUCUCAAUCCGUGAAGACUGGACCGUCCCUGGAAAGCGCGGUGUCUCCUCACCUGCCCCUCCCGAGGCCGCCAUCGAAGCCCGCACGGAAGCCAGUGGCGAGCCCAUCCCUCUGAUGGGGGCUAGGGGCGCCAUUAGUCCCCCUCCACCGGCCAAGAAGUCCCGUGCUCUGGCCAACACCCCGUGGGCUGCCGAGCAGGCACUGCAUCGUCAGCGUCUCAACCUGUCAGAGGCCACCGCUCUCGGCUCCCUCUCGCCGUACUUCGACCCGGACAGGAUGGCCGAGGGCGGAUUUGGCCACGGCAACGAGUCCGAAGUCUUCGGCAAGAGGGUGCGUUGGCAGCAGGUGGCUCUUGGCAUCUCCGUGGGUGUGCCCAUCGACGAGUGGGACGAUGCCAUCCAUGUCAAGAGCGACGCUUUUGUCCCGUAUGGCGAUGGCGACGUCUCAUCUCGCGGGCUUGAAGCGCGUGGAGAUUGUGGCGCUUCUCCCGACGAAUUGGAAACAUGUCAUUCUCACUGGGCUCUAGCCGAGAGGGAGGAGCACGAGAAAAGAUGGGACUACGCUCGCUGCCGCUCGCUCUUGACAUGCGUGCGAGACACGGUCGGUGGGGGGUUGGUGAAGCUCGGCCAUGGCUGGCGUCAGACCGUCGAGUGCGCCGACCGAAUAAAGGCGGUGCAAUCGACCCUUUAUGACUAUGUUAGACAGUACCCGGCAACUUGCUACCUUGUCACACUGGGCGCAGGAGGGGCCGUCGGCUACGCGUUUGGUCAGAUCGGGUCCGGCGGAGGCGCUACUGCCCAGGACAACGACGAGCUAGCCAGGUGCUCAGACAACACCCAGGUCAAUGCCUUCGUUGAGGGUAUACUCGACGCGGCCAACGCUGGCGACGAGAACGCAGCCCGGGCGGAUAUCACCCUGGGCAAUGGCCAUACUCUCGUCUUGUACGGACGCGUGUAUCCUAUCGACGCCGUCCCGCCAACCGAUCUCUGCCCAGCUUAG